AGCCAGCCGCAGUCUUCCUCAUCGACCACACACGGAUCUGCGGAUCACAUCGUCCACGGGAUGGAUAAAGACAUCGCCGAACCGGACCCAUCCCGUCAGCGCAACGGUGUGGUGGAAGGGCUUUAUGGAGAAUUCACGGACUCGCUCAACGCAAAGGUCAGAUAUUCUGUGAGUUUGACGGAGAGUGCUCUCACUAUUCAAAAGAUAUCAUCGUCACCUGGUCAGGAUAAGGUGGUUUUCAACUUAACUGACUGUCUUGGCUGCCGGGCUUAUAAAGUGGAGGACGAAGCAGACGUUGGGGCGUUCGUUACAGCCUAUUUCUACCCGUUCAAGAGACGAUGGAUGAGCACAGGCAUGGCCCGGCAGAAAGUAGAGCAGUGCUUUCGGGUCGCACUGGUCGAGGACCCUCUCACUAAUCUUCAAGAGGCAGAGAGAUGGGCGCGUGCCAUCAGAGAGGCUUCUAUCCGCCAGAUACCCCGACGACAUGGUGUGGUGUACUCUGAGGUACGGCGGCCCUGCAGGGUCAUGGUGCUGGUGAACCCCCAGAGUGGGCGGGGGCAGGCGCUACAGCUUUUCUCCGGGCACAUAGAGCCCAUGCUCACCGAGGCUUCAGUCCCCUACACAUUGGUCAUCACUGAGCACCAGAACCAUGCGAGGGACCUGGUGAGAGAGACUGAUCUGUCACAGUGGGACGCUCUGGUCAUCCUGUCAGGAGACGGGCUGCUGUUCGAGGUGUUGAAUGGUCUUCUGGAGAGAGAGGACUGGGAGGAGGCCAUCCAGACCCCACUGGGCAUCUUACCAGGGGGCUCGGGAAACGCCCUGGCAGCCUCUGUCCACCACUACACUGAGUCUCCCCCGGCCUUGGGUGAGGAGCUGCUGCUGAGCUGUGGCUUCCUGCUGUGUAAAGGCCUGGUGUCUCGGCUGGACCUGGUCUCUGUCCACCUGGCCUCCAGCCAACGCAUCUUCUCCUUCCUCUCCCUGGCCUGGGGCUUCGUGGCCGACAUCGACAUUGAGAGUGAGAAGUACCGCCUCGUGGGCGCCAUGCGCUUCCUGGUGGGUACGCUGGUGCGCCUGGCCUCCCUCAGGGUGUAUCAGGGUAGGCUGGCAUACCUGCCUGUCAAGGAGGCCCUGCAGCCAGGCCAGGGCACCAAGGCCCAUGCCCCUCCCUCCACACCCCAGCACUCCUCCCUCUGCUCAUCUCUACCCUGUGGGCCCAACAACUCCCCCAAUCAGAACUCUCGCCACAACCACAGCACAAACUCCAACCACAACACCGCCCACAACUCCUCCAACAAUGCCAUCACCACCAUGAAGACGGAGCCCCAACCAGCCAACCAGAAGGGGCCUCCUGACUCACUCCUAGCAGACCUGGGGCAGCCUGUGCCUGAGCAUUGGACAGUAGUGAAUGAGGAAGACUUUGUACUGGUAUUGGCCAUGUUCCAGUCCCACUUGGCUGAGGACAUGUUUGCCGCCCCUGGGGCCGCAGCAGACGAUGGCUUCAUCCACCUGUUGUAUGUGCGUGCAGGCAUCUCCCGGCUAGCCCUGCUCAGACUCUUCAUGGCCAUGGAGAAGGGGGCCCACCUGGCCAUUGACUGCCCACACCUUGUGUAUGAGAGGGUGAAGGCAUUUCGCCUGGAGCCUCUCACCCCUGAGGGAGCGAUCACUGUGGACGGGGAGAUGGUGGAGUACGGGCCAGUACAGGCCCAGGUUCAUGAAGGAAUCGCCAGGCUCAUCUCAGGCUGAGAAUCUACUCGGAGCGUCUGUCCUCCCCACAGCUCUGACUACUCGCUCCCUUUCUUACUCUGUCUACUGUAUAUACAAAGUGCCAAAGACAUUAUAUCAGCAUUUGGAAAAUCCCCCCUCUAUUUUUCUACAGAUACAUUCGGUAUCUAUCUCUGUGUCCUAUUUUUCAUAGAUCCCUCCCUUUCCUCUCCAUGCUUCAUUCAGGGUCAAAGCCAUGGAUGUUCUUGCAGCUGGCUGGUCUCAGCUAAGAGGGUGUGGUGAGUGGUGUGUUUAGUAGGGAGGGGCCCACGGCUGAGGAGUGCAUUGUGUGCUCUGCUGUCUGACUUAAUAAGUGUGACACACGUGAAGAGAAGCACAUUCUUCUGUCCCACGAGGAUGUGGCAGGCGACCAGCUCUACGUCCGCUAUCUAGCCCCGGGGUAAUCAUUCUGUGGAGGAUGAGACACGGGCCUGACAUGAAGGCCUUCCCCCCUCAUGAUAUACUUUAUACACUCAUUGAUAUAGGUUUUCUAUGGAGAAGCACAACGUGGGAGAAUGCAGCAUUGUAGACCUCCACCAAUGAUAUUAAGUUACUCUUCUCUCUCUCUCAUCAGUGAAAACCUCCACUUUACCUCUAUGUUUAAUGGAUGGGGUGGAAGGGGUUAGGUGCUGGUGAGGUCGUGUUAAAGCAGCCUGGAGGUUCAGGAACCUGGCCAGCUGAGGUUACCUUCAAAUAUAUCUCGCCUGUCUCCUACCCAGCUGCUGCUGCAGCUCUAGCCAACAUGCUUCUUGGACCACCUCCUUCCUGACACACACACACACACAGGCUUAACACUCCCUUUCAGAUCUGCAGCACUUAGCAAGAAGGAGGGGGGUGGUCUGCUACAUAUGAUCCCUCUCUUCUAGCUGUCUUAAUAUUGUACUCCCUCCUCCUUCACAAGAUUUCGGAGCCAUCAGCACCUAAUGUGUCCUUAUUCUUAAGCUUUAUGGGUGAAUGAAAAAUACUAGCUGAUAGAAAAUAAUAUAAAAGUUUCCGUUUUUUUCUGUCCAAGCACACACUAAGAAGAGAAACAGGAUUUUGCACUACGCAGCACUGCAUGGUUCAGUGGGUUUUGCAAAUUGACUUGAUCAAUAGGAUCUGGAGAGACCAGGCCAGAGUGCUGUGCUCUCCACUGUGGCCUUUUUCUUGUCAGGGCGGAGAUGAUGAGCAUUAGUGCACUGGAGCAGAGACGAGGUCAAAUGUGAGCAUUAUCAUCAGUUCUCCUCGCACCAGUUCAUGCCAGGUCGAGUUCACCCCAGAGGUAUAACAACUACUGGCUUAACUAAUCCCAGAGCACACCCUUGGUUUGGUUUGACUCAAAAUGUCAAAUGGGUGGAAUGGUUUUAAUGUACUGUAUAAUGAAUCUAAAAGGAUGCUUAAAAUGACUCUACUUGAAGGUACGCUGACUGCAGAUGUAAUAUUAACUUCUCCCAUUCUGAUUUCCAUCUUCCAUUUCUGUGCCUGUACCUGACUUUGACAUGCCUUUAGAUAAAUAAAAGUUCAAGUUUUAUUUGUCACAUGCACAAGUACAGUGAAAUGCUGAACUAGCCAGCCCUACCCAACAGUGCAGUAUUCCAUAUAAAAAAGUAUAACUAAUAAGGAAAAAAAACAAGGGAGAAAAAAAACAUGAGAAAUAACUAAUAGGAGAGGAAGCUAUAUACAGGGUCAGUGCCAGUACCACAUUUACAAUGUACAGGGAUACUGGAGUAUUGAGUUAGAUAUGUAAAUGUAGGGAGAGAUUAGGAGAAAGUGACUGGUAUCAGGAUAAAUAA